AAACGUAAACAAGAAGCCAAAAGUGUUCCCGUCUUUUGAAAAGUUAAAUUUAUUUAAUUUUAAUCUAGGUAGAUUCUAAAAGUUGAAUGUCAAAACUAACGCCAGAAGUUGUUGCGGACGAACUGUUAGAGUUAAUGCACGAGGAUGAUUCAGAGAAAGAAACAUUUCAUUGUAGAGUGUGUGAAACAAAUUUUUCUUCAAGAAAAAAUUUAAGAAGACAUAAACAACGUCUCAUUCAUAUCAAAGCAGUAAAGCAUAAACAAGCGCUUAAAACUAAUAAAAGACACUUGUCAUCGCUUUUAUUGAGUAAUGAUGGAAAUAUUAAGAAAAAUAAUAAUCGCGUCAGUGAACUUCAGAAUAAAAUUAAAGAAAAUGGAAGUGAUAAAGCAAUGAUAAAUGAAAAAGCUUGUCGUUUAUGUAAUUCGUCUUUUCUGCAUCCAUUUCUCAUGGAAAUUCACAAAUGCGAACUCGCAGCACCUUCUUUCUCAUGUCAUUGUGGCAAAGCCUUUACAUCGAAAGAUGAAUUAGAAUUUCAUAAUUUUUUUCAUAAUGCUAAAAUUCAAUUUAUCAGUUUUAAUUAAUAGCUAAAGGAAGGAAAUUCUGAUUGUUUGUUGUUCAUAUUAUUUUAAAAUUGACAGCUGUUUGAUAAUAAAAUAUUUGUAAAAAUGAA